AUGGCUUUGGAACCAAUUGACUACACCAGCCACUCGCGUGAGAUCGAGGAAGCGUACCUCUCAGUGGUGAGGGGUACUGACCCGGAUACGACGUGGGUGAUCCUCUCCCCCAAUGACAAGAAGGAGUACGCUCCCGAGUUCACAGGCAGCGAGUUCACAGAGUUUCUAGAGGGAUUCAGCGAUACUAAGGUGCAGUUUGGACUUGCGCGCGUGUGUCCACCGGGAUCUGACGUUGAGAAGCUGAUCCUAAUCGGGUGGUGUCCGGACUCUGCGCCACUUAAGACCAGGGCUUCGUUCGCAUCCAACUUCGGUGUGAUUGCCAACCAGGUGCUCAAGGGCUACCAUGUGCAGGUCACCGCGCGUGACGAGGACGACCUUGACGAGAAGGAACUCUUGAUGAAGAUUAGCAACGCUGCAGGCGCACGGUACUCUAUCCAGCAACAGCCCAGCAAGACUACGUCUGCAGCCAAGCCACGUCCUGCCUCGGUGCCCUCUCCUGCAGCCAAGCCUGCCCCAAAGUCUGUCCCAACACCCGCCGUGAAAGAAGAGCGGACACCAACGUCAUCUGCGGCCGCUCCCAAGCCCGCAGCGAUCGCUAGCCCUGCUAAGAAGCCGUCCGCUGUGUCGAGAGCACCCCAGGACGAUGAUGAUGAGUGGGACGAGCCUGAACUCGAGGAAAGGGACUUCGACUCCAAGCCAUUGCAGCCCAAUAAGUCCACUUACCAACCAAUUGGAAAAGUUGAUCUCCAGAAGGUGAUCGCCGAAGAGAACGCUCGGGACGAUCCACGCCUGGUCAAUCAAGUCAAAGCGGAAUCAUUCGCAAAGAUUAAUCCUCAGGAUGAUAUCGAGAACCUCAGAAAAGAGUCUCGGGCCAAGAGAGACGCAGAACUUGACAAGUUCAUGGGAACUAAGCCUCCAGUUGCUGCUUUACCAAAAAAGAAUGAUGACAUGGUUAUCAAGGGCUUCCAAAACGAGAAAACACCAGCACAGCUAUGGGCUGAGAGGAAGCAGAAGACAGCGAUUGAUACUCCAAAGGUUGAAGCAGAAAAUAAGAAAGAUGCAACAUUCGAGGACGACGAAGAGGAGGACCACGAAGUCACAAACAUCAAGGCCAAGUUUGAAAAGCUUGCAUCCGAUGAGCCUUCCAUAAUUCAACCCAAAAAAGUGAACGCACCAGCUAAGGUCACAGAAGAGACAUCUGCCCCAGUCAAGAAAAUGCCCAUUGGGCAACCACUGCCAGGGAUGCACAUGGAAGUGGAAGAUGAAGAGAGGCCUGCUUCCGACGAUGACUGGGAUGAUGAUGAGGAUGAAAUACCUUCCACGGACUUGAAACCACCUGCUUUGGCCGAGGGACCACAAAAGUCAGCCGCAAGUCCUUCGCAAUUUGAUAAAAUAUCUCAAGGACAAACAGAAGAGGAAGAGGAAGAACAGCCACCUCUUCCUUCUAGAAGAGAGACAGCCCCAGCUGAGGAAGUGGAAGAUGAGGAAGAGGAACCUGCUCCUGCUUUGCCCUCUAGGAGUAAAGAAUCUUCACUUCCACCACCUCCUCCUCCACGUAGAGCGACUCCUCCAGCAGAAGAGCCCACUUUACCAAGCGCUAUUGCAGAAUAUGAUUAUGAAGCUGGUGAAGACAACGAAUUGACCUUCGCUGAAGGAGACAAGAUUGUCAACAUCGAUUUCGUGGAUGAGGAUUGGUGGCUAGGUGAACUUGAAAAGAAUGGAGAAAAGGGUUUAUUUCCAAGCAAUUACGUCGAAUUGGUUCAAUAG